GUUCAGAAACCGGUGUCGCGUAUACACGGCGCGCCGAGUGCCUGCGCUUGCGAUCCUAUGAUCUUGAUAAUUCUUUUCGACAUAUUGUUGUGCGAAGCGCGACUAUAACUGAUAUAGUAUCAUCGAUGACAAGUACAUAUAUCGGUUAAGUAAAAAAAAAAAACCAGACUGGUAAGUCACGCUGAGAAGACAAAUAGAUAAACACUUGUGUUAUCAGAAGCGGGAGGAGAGACGCAGGUGGAGAGGAGCGCAACCGCCGCCAGGGGAGGAGGGGCGUUCAUUGGCACUCGUCACUCCUCACGGCCGACAGUAGUACUCGAACCACGUCGAUCAGCGCGCGCGCACGCUUAAAAUGGCCGAAAAGACAUUCACCAGGAAACAAAUUGCUGAAUGGGAUAACAAGUCCGAAACGGUAUUCAUUAUCGACAACAUUGUGUACAAUGUCACGAAGUUUCUGGAUGAGCAUCCCGGCGGGCAUGAGGUGCUAGUGCAUGCCUCUGGGAAGGACGCCUCCGAGGACUUCGAUGACGUAGGCCAUAGUUUCGACGCAAAGGAGCUCAUGAAGAAAUAUGUGAUCGGCGAAGUGGUGGCUGAGGAUCGUGUCGAGGUGAAGAAGAAGCACGUGGCGUGGGAGGACACCAAGACGGAAGGAGACAACGGCUUCCUUACCUCGUGGAAGUUCCCCGUGUUCCUGGGCGUCGUCGUGACGCUCCUAUACUCGUACCUGUUUGGUUAGGGGCCGGCGCCGCGGCGUUUCUCCACAUACCUCUACACUAAUGUUGAUGUACAUAUUUUGAUACAAAAGAUGUGAUGUAGGUAUUUAAUUAUUGUAUUUGUUAAUUAAUUGCGAAAUAGGGAUACGGUUGACACUACAGGGAGUGAAGAGUGUAGUGACCAAUGUGAUGAUUAAAAGGAACUUAGUGUGGUACUUAACCUAUAUGGACCGGUACAUAUUACACCGGCUGUUAGUGCUAUAUUAUACUUUUUAAUCUAUACCGGUGAGUGUUAACCACACAGUGUGGUGAUGUGGAACAGUUUCCUGACGUCUUGUUUUUGCUCGACGCAGGUUGACUGACGAGUAUCUUUACUGAAAAUAUUGUGAAAUUAUCUAGAUGUAAAGAUAAACAUUGUUAAGUUUCUUAAAUAAAUUAUAUUUUUGAA